UGCGUCGUCUUUAAAAUCACUCCCAUUCUUUCAUUCUCUCCCGGAGAUCUUCUUCGUCCCCAUCUCCAAGUCUCUGUCUCUCUCUGUGAACUGAUCGGAAAUGAAGAACUACGUUAAUGGCAACACAAGGCUCAUCUUGCUUCAUCCCUACAUCCAGAAGCAAGGAAGCUCCUGCAGCCGCCCAUGGAUUCUGGCCUUCAUCUCUCUCUUCACCCUAGCCUUCCUCCUCACCCUCAUCUACACCGGCCGCGACUCCAUCGCCACCACCGUCACCACGGCUGCCUACUCUGUCGCCGCAGGUUCCUCCUCCUCUGCUGUCCCCCCCUCCCCCCCGCUGCCGAAAUCCGUCGUCAAGGCCCUCCUCCACUACGCAUCCAGCGCUAACACCACCCACCGCAUGUCCUACGCGGACGUCAAGCCCAUCGCCGACGUCCUCCGCCACUGCGCCACCCCCUGCAACUUCCUCGUCUUCGGCCUCACCCACGAAACCCUCCUUUGGAAGGCCCUCAACCCGCGCGGCCGCACCGUUUUCAUCGAUGAAAACCGUUACUACGCCGCCUAUGUGGAGGAGAAGAACCCGGAGAUCGAAGCCUACGACGUCCAGUACACCACCAAAGUGAGCGAAACGAAGGAGCUCUUAGACUACGCGAGAAAGCAAGCGAGAAAUGAGUGCCGGCCGGUGCAAAACCUCUUGUUUUCCGACUGCAAGCUCGGCCUGAACGAUCUUCCGAACCAGCUCUACGAAAUGGAUUGGGAUGUCAUCCUGGUGGACGGGCCUAGAGGGUACUGGCCUGACGCGCCAGGCCGGACGGCCUCAAUCUUCACCGCCGGCGUGCUGGCCAGGAGCAAGAAAGGCGGCAACGGAAAAACCCAUGUAUUUGUUCACGACUUCGAGUGGGAGGAGAAUCGAGUUCCGAGCGACGAGUUUCUGUGCAAAGAGAACAUGGUGAAGGCGAAGAACAUGCUCGGGCAUUUCGUUCUGGAGAGAAUGGAGGAGAGUAGCCUCCAGUUCUGCCGCAGUAGUCACAGUUCGUCUUCGUCGGCCCCAUCGUCUUCCUGAUCGUCAUAAUCGCCAUUAACGAACAUUCAAUAAAAGUGAUGAAAGAGAGAAUAAUGAAGUACUCAUGGAUUAUGGAAGCCGCAAGGGCUGCGUCAGAUUUGUGUAGUAAGAUGGAUCGUUUUGAUAUUGCUCUUUACAUGCGCCGUGUCUGGUCAGAGUUUUUUUUUUGUAAUCAUUAGAAUUACAAACAUUAAUAUCAUCAACUCAUUAUUUAUCA